CCAAGUGAUUGUCAAUAAAGUUAUCGGGGUUUGAAACCAUCAUGGCAGCGUACACGGUUCCUGCAGCUGUCAAAUGCUCAAUAAAUCUUUUACCAAGGGACACUAUGCUGGUGUUAAAGAAUAUUUGCCGGCUGACUGCUGUUUGCACUGGAAAAGGUUACGUUAGUUGGAGGACGUGCAGUUCCUCCGCAUCCUCCUGCUCCUCCGGGUCUCCAGCAGCAGACAUUUGUCACCUCAGUGGACGCUAUGACCGCCUCGUUCAGCGUGGCUCUCUGAGGAAAGAUGCUCAGCAGAGAACAGUUCUCCAACAGCUGGCUCAGCUGCAGCACACCAUGGAGAACUACAGUAACAGCAUCUAUAUGAACCCACCUCCGCCGAGGCUUAACUCUAAAGAUGACAACAAAGACCCUCAGAGUAAAACAACAGUUGAAAACAAAGGCGGUGGGUGCACUGCUGAGGACGAAGCCGCUCCACCACCUCCACCACCUCCACCACCCAAAGGCUUUUAUAUCUAUGGAGACGUUGGCACUGGGAAGACCAUGCUCAUGGAUAUGUUUUACUCCCGUGUGGAAAACACUCGUAAAAAGCGAGUCCACUUCAACGGCUUCAUGUUGGACAUCCACAAAAGGAUCCAUCGGAGGAAACAAAGCCUGCCAAAACGAAGGCUAGGGAAAAUGUUCACCUAUGACCCCAUAUCACCGGUUGCCAUGGAGAUCAGCAGCGAAACCUGCCUCUUGUGUUUUGACGAGUUUCAGGUGACUGACAUCGCUGAUGCCAUGAUCCUGAAGCAGCUGUUCGAGACGCUGUUCAUGACCGGAGUGGUGGUGGUGGCCACCUCCAACAGACCCCCCGACGAUCUGUACAAAAACGGACUUCAGAGGGACACCUUCCUACCUUUCAUCGACGUGCUGAAGGACUACUGCCACACCGUGUGUCUCAACUCUGGGAUUGACUACAGGAGGCUGGACAACACUGCAGCAGGGAAACUCUACUACCUCACAGGGGAGCCGGGUGUGGAGGCCUUCUUGGAUACGUUAUUUGAAGAGCUGGCCCUAAGUCAAAACAGUGCUACAGGCCCUCGCUUGCUCACGGUGCUGGGCAGAGAUGUGACUCUGAAAAAGACCUGCGGCUCCAUCGCAGACUGUACUUUUGACGAACUGUGUGGCAGACCUCUGGGAGCCAGUGACUACCUGGAAAUGGCGCGGCUCUUUGACACCGUGUUUAUUCGCCAUGUUCCCAUGCUGACCCUGAGCCUGAAGGACCAAGCCCGGCGCUUCACCACCCUCAUAGACAACUUCUAUGACAACAAGGUGAGAGUGGUGUUGCUGGCGGCUUCUCCUUUAGAUCGGCUGUUUGUCCACAGCGGAGGGGACAACGAGAGGGACAGACAGCUGCUGGAUGACCUGGGCCUCAGCGGGGCAGCUGCAGAGCAACUGACUCUGUUCACAGCCGAGGAGGAGAUCUUUGCCUUCCAGAGGACCGUCUCCAGACUGAUGGAGAUGCAAACGGAGUCGUACUGGAUGAAAGGAGACCGCAAGAAACACACCAACACCUAACAUCCACUGCUGACUGCCUGAUAAUCAUAUAUACCUCCAGACAAAUCAUUACCUCACCAACUAACUACUGACACUAUGAGACUUAAACAGAAAAGACCCCUGAACAAACUAUUAUCCGCCGUUAAUAUAUAACAAAACUCGACACCUGUUUUCGAUCCGGACUUGACUUCUCUUCAGCUUGUGCAUGUGUGUUUCUGUUUUGUCCUCUUCUAAAAGGUGUGCUCUCUCCCCCUUGUGGACUUUUUAUUUAAAAGAACAUGAAAAUCUCCCAAACAUGUGAGAACCACAAGACAAACAGGCGCUCACAGCCACCAAGUGUCCCUCAGAAUAGCUGGCUACCGCCCUCUAGUGGCUGAAUGUGAAAAAGGCUCCAUAUUCUCAGCCAGUUCUUGUUUUAUGACACAAUAACAGUCUCUGAGCAUUGGAUUAAAGGUAUGCUAUACAGGAAAAAAUCUAUAGACUCAUACAAGAGUAAUUCCUCUCAGUCAUCAUUUAUGACCCACUACAGAAGCGUGUCUGCAGGGACUCUACUGUUCUACAAAGCCUAACUGCGGUAACUACAUUUUGGUUGAAAUUGAGUGAUAACUAAAAAUGAACUCCUUGAUGUUUGUUUUAUGUUGUGACAAAGUUUUAAAUUUCAAUUUUGCUUUAUUUCAGAGAAAUAAUGAUACAAAAAUUGCAGUAACGACAAAAUCCAACUCAAAACCACAGUGAGGCCUUGAAUUUCUUCAUUGUGUUGAAUAGUGAAAACAAGAAUAAUAGAAAUUAUAAGUUUAUUUGAUAGGGAAAAUAUUAUCUAGAUAGUGAUUAAGCGAAAAAGUGAGAUUAAAUUAAAUUAAGAUUAAAAUAUAACAUUACUUUAUCAUAUUAAGUCUAAAGUACAGACAUCUUUGUAUAGUUUUUAAACACUUAAUACACUUAUAACAAAAUCAAUUUGAAAAUGUUUAUUCACUGAAAACAAAAUAUAAAAGCUGAAAGAAGACAACAACAUUGUAGUUACUGCACUCUGUUUGUGCAUUACUAUUAGAAGCUUUAACAGCAAAACCAAAGUGCAGUAACUACAUUGUUGGGGGAAAAAAAAAAAGUUUCACCCUUUGCGUACCUACUGCAGUUAGGCUUUGUAGGGCAGUCUACCCCAUGUCUGUAUUUUCUCAUUUCUUUUCAUUUUGCUGCAUUCAGACUGUUUCUGGGCAUCAGCAAUAGCAAACACUAAAACUUAAGUAUAACAAGACGAAUCGCCAAGCAGACGAACCUCAGUCCAAAACGAGAGUGAAUCUGAGCCGGGGAGGAGCUUGACUGCCAUGUUUAUAAACAGCAAACAACAAUUCCUGCAUAGUAUACCUUUAAACCUCAACACUAUAAAACCUGGUAUUAUUUUAAAUGUUAUGCAUGAUAUUAUAUGCAAUGUAUUUAAUUCAUUCCCAGGCUCAGUAGCUGUUAGAUUAGUCUUUGAAUUUGACUCUUUACUAAGAUGGUUUGACUACAGUUUCUAUUGCUUACACUGAAUAACUUGGAAGGGGGAAUAUGUCUUCUUGCAUUAUUGCAGGCAUUAGAGUACACAUCUGCAAGCUGCAGUAAAACACUUCAGGAUAAUGAAAUUAUCAACACAAACAACUGUAAAGGGGUUUGGGAUUAUUGAAACAAGACAUUUCAGGAACUUUUUUUAUAUGCACAUGGACAUAAAAGAAACACGCACAAAACAUCCUUUCGGGUGCUAGGCAUAGCAGUUUAUUUUGAUUGCAAAGAUGACGAAAUGUGAAACAAAAGUGACAAUUUUUGGUCACAUUUUUUUCCGCAUAUGGUUUUUACAUCUUAGGAGCCUCACCUAGAUUUUUUUUUCUUGCUUUUUUUUUAAUGGGACAAAAAUAAAUAAAUAUUUGAGCCAUGACGAAAUAUUUUAAACUGCACAAAACUGCAAUUAUUAUAUAGGUAUUAGGGGUGUGUAGCGAUGUACCAGUAUUGAUGAUAACGAUGAUAUUUAAAUAAUAAAAUAUUGAGAAAAUGUUAAUAAUACAUAAUCUCAUGUUUUUUCUGCAUUUUCUGUUUCUUUCCAUUCUUGCUCUGUCUUUCAUUUUGUGGGGCAUUCAUUUGCUGAAUAAAGUGUUCAUAUUAUUUAUAAAUAAGGUAAUAA